GUUUAUAUAACAAACCAAAAUUUUAAAAAAUAAAAAAAUACUAUUUAAACCAUUUAGUGAUCCACCCACCUAACCCGACCUAUUAAAAAAUAUAAUAUGACCCAUUUUAUUUUACCCUUAAUCCUAAAUUAUUUCCUCUCUUUCUCCUCUGCUCCUAUACAUUUUUCUUUUUCGUUCUCCAUUGCUGGUGCCUCUUCAAAUCAGUCUAUUUCAAAUCAUAUCUAAACGGGCUAAACAAAGAUUUAUGUUUCCUGAGGUUAAUAUUUUAAAAUGCCAUUGAACAAUAUAAAAAAUUAUCUAACAUGCGCGCAUACUCCAUCGUCAAUAAUUAGGGCGUACUUGUUUCCUUAUUUACACCUAUUUUCCCUCAUCAAUAUUCCUAUCUAAAAAAUAAUGGAUCUUACCUGGUAUUAUCUUCUAAUUCCUCUGUUUUUCUUUCUUCAUAAAUGCUUCUUUUCUACUUCAAAUAAGUUAUCACCACCAUCUCCAACAAAGCUUCCAAUCAUAGGAAAUCUCCAUCAACUUGGAUCGCUUCCUUACCGUUCUCUCCAUAAACUAUCCAAAAAAUAUGGUCCACUCAUGCUACUUCACUUUGGCAGUAAGCCAAUGCUUAUUGCUUCCUCUGUCAAUGCUGCUCGCGAUAUCAUGAAAACUCACGAUCUCGUUUGGUCAAAUAGACCUAAAUCUAGCAUGGCUGAUGGACUCUUUUAUGGCUCCAAAGACGUGGCCUUUAGUCCGUAUGGUGAAUACUGGAGACAAGUUAGAAGCGUCACAGUGCUUCACCUUCUCAGUAACAAAAGAGUCCAAUCAUAUCGUCAUGUGAGAGAAGAAGAAAUAUCAAACAUGAUUGAUAAAAUUAGGCAAGAGUGUGAUUCAGUGAUAGACUUGAGAGAUGUUUUAAGUUGUAUGACUAAUAACAUAAUCAGCAGAGUGACCAUAGGAAGGACAUAUAAUGAAGGGGAAAGUGGAAUAGCUGUUAAGGCUCUCCUAGAAGAACUUCUUGUACUUGUAGGUACUUUUAACAUUGGGGAUUAUAUUCCGUGGAUUAAAUGGAUCAAUAAAAUCAAUGGUCUGGACAGCAGAGUGAAGAAAGUAGCUAAAGAUUUGGAUGCAUUUCUAGAGAGCGUGAUUGAAGAACGCGUGAUUAGGAACAAGAAAGCAGAAUACAGUGGGGGUGAAGCUAAAGAUUUCGUGGACGUUUUGCUGGAAACUCAGAAUGGAAAGGAGACUGGUUUUCCACUUCAAAGAGAUUCAUUGAAAGCUAUCCUUUUGGAUGCAUUUGUUGCCGGCACAGAUUCAACAUAUACAGUUUUGGAGUGGACAAUGACAGAACUUUUGAGGCAUCCAAGAGUUCUGGAAAAAUUAGAGGAUCAAGUGCGAGAAUUAGGCCAAGGGAAAACAGAGAUAACAGAGGAUGACUUAGGAAAUAUGCACUAUCUUAAAGCGGUGAUCAAAGAGUCCCUCAGGCUUCAUGCACCAGUUCCACUUCUAGCUGCCCGAGAAUCAAUGGAAGAAGUAAAAUUACUUGACUAUGACAUACCUGUUAGAACUCAAGCCAUAAUUAAUGUUUGGGCAAUUGGAAGAGACCCCUUAUUAUGGGAAAAUCCAGAGGAGUUUCGGCCUGAGAGAUUCUUAAAUAGUGAUAUUGAUGUCAAAGGACUAAACUUUGAGUUGAUUCCGUUUGGAGCUGGCAGAAGGGGCUGCCCAGGAAUUCCUUUUGCUAUAAUGGUGAAUGAGCUAGCAUUAGCAAACCUCAUGUAUAGAUUCAAUUUUGCAUUACCAGAAGGGAUAAAAGGGGAGGAUUUGGAGAUGACUGAAUGCAAUGGGCUCGCUGUUCGUAGGAAAUUACCUUUGUUUGUGGUGGCUACUCCAUUGUCUAGUUAAUAAUUUCACUAUAUGUAAUAAUUAAGUGUACGAGUCUACAAAGUUGUUAGGUUUUUAUUUUUUUUCAUGUUCUUGUAUGCAAAAUUUCCUGUUUUAACA